AUGUCGGACCACAAGAACCCGGCCCCCGUCAACCAGUAUGACUCUGCCACUUAUACGCGGAAGGGGCAGACAACCCGCGUUGUGGUUCGUGAAAGGUCGUUUAUUAAGUCGCGAACUCAGCGGUUUAUCGACUUUCUUCGCCCCUCCAUCCGGAGCGGCUUUAAUCUGGUGCAGGGGUUUGAGCUAGCGAAGGUAAUGACAUGUGUCGCCUUUCCCAUUUUUAUGCUGCUUUACUGGAAACAUAUGCAAAAGAAGCUUCCCGACCAGUGGGAGAGCCAAUUUGCGGGACUGCAGCACCGCAAGCUAAAGGAGGAGGUGUUGCAGGAGCGGGAUACGGAUUACUUUACGAUCAUUGACACCUUUAAGGAGCGCCGUGAGAGGGCUUUGGAAAAGAAGCAGAGAGAAGUGAAGAAUUCCAACCCAUAG